AUGAAGAAACAAGUACUUGGCCCUGCCUAUGCAUCAUUGAUUACCAAAGCAAGAGAAUAUAUCCCCCAUUGCGAGAAAGAUUUGGACAAGAUUUACUUUUCGACCGCGGAGAAUGCUACGAAAGCCUUGAACUGGUAUCAUAACUUAUUUCCCAAUCCUUUUGCAGACCCAAAAUGGAGUAUUCUUGCCGUGGCAGUUUACCAAUGUUUAAAAGAAACUCCAAUUUUACCCGUGGUCUCUUAUGCGCGUGGUACUGUCGUAACAGAGGAGGAUAAACAAGGUGAAUGUGGACCAAGCAAAUCUACCGAUGCUAGAUUCCCACGUAAAUGUGAAGAAACAGCUUGUAGUAGUGGAUCGUUUCGCAAUGUAUUUGGCAAGUACUCCUAUUACCAACCAACAUACCAAGAGUCUGCGAGAGAAUCGAAUUCUGAGCACAUGAAGACAGCAAGAUACACUACCUUUGCUGAAAGAAGAGCCGAUGCACCUACUAAAUGUUAUAUUGAAUGGCUACCUCCAAAUAUUGUUUACUUCACUGAAGAAAAAGAGCGGGAAAUUCGACAACUGUUGCUGGCAGCGCUUUUACAAAUACAUAUGCCUGUAUUGCUUUACACGCCAUUGGAGAUCCAUGAGGCAUUGUUAAAGUCCGAGGUCGAAUCCCACGUCCUCACACCAGAAAAUGUCAUUAAAUUCUUGUUGACCUCUCAAGACGAAAACUCCAGGUGCAACAUUGGAAAACUUCCAGUCCAACUAAAUAGUUCUAACAUUCAAAGCAAAUCCAAUUUACGAAGUAUUCUAGAAUAUUGCGAGGAGGCGCUCAUAAAGUCUUCGAAAUGUAUCCAUGGGUUACCACUCCUCUUGACUGAUGAUAACUUGUUGAGAACUUUCUCUUCAGAAACUCCUGUAUAUUGUUCAUUGUUCAGCAAAUUGUUUCCGAACAAAGCUUUCAAGUUUGUGCAAUGCGAUUUUGUUCGGCUGUUAUCAACAUUUUGUGUACUUCAGCCUGACAUUAUUCGUAAUCUUACUAUUCAGUCAUUGGCUACCGAGUUUAUGCCCGAUGUUUUCAAUGGAAAAUUAGAGUUAGGUGGAAAAGAACACGUCCCAUGGUAUUACCCUGAAGAAGGCGUUCUUUCAAAAGAAUGGUUCCGUCGAUUGUGGAAGUUCCUGCAAAAUGCAGAAAAUGCUGAAAAAAAAAUCGUGGACGGAGAAUAUUUCAUUGCAACCUGUGUACAAGAUAAUAACAUCACAAAUCAGUCAAGUAGCCUUGUGAAAUUUCUUGGCAAGUACCCUAUUAUUCCAACAAUGGAUGGAAAGCUCGCAACAGUUGAUAACGCCAAAACAGUACUGGCAGUGAUUGACGACAAAGAAGGAAAUUAUCUUGAACAGAAAGUAUCACAAAUCCUCAAGAGCUUAGCCUGUCCUUUCCUGGAUACAUUGAUCACUAAAGAUGCUUUAUCUGUCAUCCUUCGUUUAGUCGCAGACCCACAUCGUAUAUCUGAUGUACUACAUGUUCUUAAUUACAUGAAUUCAACUGGAAUACUUGACAUGAGUAAAUUUGAUGACGAAAAGAUCAACACUCUAUUGAGAUACUUCCAGGUAGAUUGGCAAAACAAAGAAUCCAUGAACAUAGCAAAGUCAUUGCCGUUCUACAAAGGCGUGGAUGGAAACUAUCACUCGCUAUCAUCUUAUUGGUCUUACAUCCAAGUUCCUUCUGGUUUACCCGACGACGGGAUAAAGGAACUUCAAAGUAUGGAUGGAGAAAGAAAGUUGUUUCUGCCAUCAUCACUAACAUCCGAGUUAGGUCGAUUGUACAACGCUCUUGGAAUUAUGGUGGACUGCGAUAUCUCUAAGUUUUACAUUACUUAUGUAUUACCAAAUUUUUCAUCAUUCAGUCGAAAAUGCCAGAUCGAAUUUUUAACUAACAUCAAAAGUAUGACACACUACAUGUCCAAAGAAUUAAAACAGAAGUUACAAUCCACCAGCUGUAUUCCUGACCAAACUGGAAAACUACGCGUUGCAUCAAGCUAUUUCAAUCCACAUAACGAGUUAUUUAAAGUAAUGUUUAGACCUGGAGAUAACGAUUUUCCAACGGCUCCGUUUAACAAAAGGAAUUGGCUUGAUUUCCUUGUGAAAAUUGGGAUGAAGGAGGAUUGCGACGAACAGCAAUUUAUUAAGUUUGCAAGUGGCGUAGCAGAAUCUGCACGGGGCAUGUCUAAAUAUGAUAUGAACAUUAUUUCUCAGUCCAAGGCUCUCGUGAAAUAUUUGCUAGAAAGUGGUGGUAAGAAUUGGUUUAAGGAUACUAUCUCCCAAAUCGAGUUUGUUGUUCCUGAAGAAGUAGAAAUUGAGCUCUCUUCUCUUCAUCCCCAAUAUUGUGUAAAUGGAAAGUUGGAAUUUGUUUCGUUCCGCGAAUCAGUGCCGUGGAAAGAUAGGCACUUGGUUUGGACCUGCGCAAAGCUUCUACCAGAUUGGGCGUAUCCUGACAACAUUUACCUUGCCUCAUCAUCUUUAGGAAUCCCAUCGAAGCCAUCGAUUGAAUCUGUUGUUGAGCAUGUGAAAAAAAUUUCAAAAUGUGCUACGGAUACAAUUAUGUCUGACUCUAUCUUACCAGAGAAGCUUAUUGAGGUCUUUAAAGAUGUUUAUGAGUUUUUGAAAGGGAUGAUGCAAAAUUGUGCCAAAAACCCGCCUUCCCCGAAUUGCAAUGAGGAAUGUAGAAAUAUUGGGAAGUGUUUAACAAAUAUUGCUUGUAUACUUCUCAGCAAAGAACGGUGUUUGGUAAAAGGCGAAGGGUUGUCUUUUGAAGAUACUGGAGAGAAAUUGAAGCCAUAUUUUCAUGUGGUUCCUAGGGACUACGUCCAAUAUGAACAUCUUUUGAAAAGGCUUGGAGUUACGGAAAAAAUGACUCCUUCACAAAUGGCUAAUGUGCUCAAGUCUAUUAAAGAUUCUUGUGCCGAAAUUACGAUGAAUUCUGAAGAACAACAAAAAGCAUGUUUUGCUACUUCUGUUUUGUUAGAAUCGCUCCGUGGUAAUUCAACUGAAGUCGAGUCAAGGUUAUCAAAUUGCGAAGAACUGAAUUUACCAAGCAUGAAAAAACGACUCAUUAAAUCAAGUAAAUUGGUAUGCAAAAUGCAACCACGACUUCGCGAGUCAGUAGAGAAUCAAGGGUACGAGAUUUUAUAUCCGCUUGAAAAAUGCGGGCUGAAAAGAGAACUGGAAGACGCCUACUUGAAUGCUCUUCCAAAACGACUUCGACCAACACCAUUGAGCAGUUUGGUGCGCGAAGAGUUAGAUCCAUUGUGCAAGAGGAACAUGACAUGUAUUUAUUGCACGGAGAUGGAUUGUCCGUUUAUACAGAAGUUUAUCUUGGUUCUCCGAUCUUCACAAUUUGAACACGGCAUCCUGCGUCUCUUGAAACAUCAGAAAGAAAAAUCAACUCUGGACGACGAGGAUAGAGCAAGAGCUGCGAGAUUUACUUCUACCAAGGUGAGUUAUAUUUUAUGGUAUAAAAUAAGUAUUCUGUUUGGUCUUAUAUGUCAUUCCUGGCUAGCAUUGUCAGUAUUUUAGGCCAGUCCAGGUACUAAAAAAUGUCUUAAGGCCUAAUUCCACGACGAGCGAAGCCGCUUAAAUGCGAAAAAUUUCGCGCGAAAACACGCUUGUGCGAAAAUUUUCUCUCGUAGUGAUUUCCACAGCAGAGAAAAAACGCGCAAUUUUUGAAUGACUUCAAAACAAAUGCAAGCUUUUGAUUGGCUUUGCAUCGAUUUCGCAACGGAGUAGAAACGAAUUCAACUACCCGGCGAAGAGAAACAUUUCGCAGAGAAACAUUCCAAAAUCAUGUUGCGCAUGAUGCGUUCAACCUUUUCGCGCGAAAUUUUUCGCAUUUCGCUCGUCAUGGAAUUACUUAAAAGUGUUUUUCACAAGUGAAUUUCCAUGAGAGAUUUCAUGCUUAGGUAUUUUAAUAAUUAAGUCCGUGUUUCCGUUUAGCUCACUGUGAUCAAAUGCAUGCGUCAAGUACAAAUCCAUCUUGUUAACGCGGAGAGCAAGCAACCAUUGCCAAACAGCGCGAGCGUGAAAACAUGUCAGGUCGAAAAGCAAGGGAACUCGUGGACACUGUAUAUUCAACACGAAUUUGGUGGACGAAAGCACCACGCGAUCUUUGCAAAAGCUGUAAACGAAAUUAUGGACGGAUGUUUGAAAGAGAUUGGGGAACUCAGCGAUAUGCUGUCUUGUGAUUCACCUUCGCAGAUAGCAGACGUGCUUAACGCCCAUAACGUAGCACCAGACUACAAUGAAGAAAGCGAGCAGUUAGGACAGCCUGUUCCAAAUGUCUAUCACUAUCUCAUGAUUCAAAACCCGCUGUGUCAUUUCAAGGAAGGAACUCGCGUCGCUUACGGCAACGAAGGUAAGACUUUAAGAAUUUUUGACGUGAUUGUAGAUAAGUAGAAAAACUUGGUUUAAUUAAGCGCGCUAAUAUACAGAUCGGGUGGGAAUCAUGCGCCUUAUUUAGAAUAGAAAUGCGUUAAUUAAGUUGACCAUCUAUUUUGACGAUAUGGUUUGAUUUGACCGAGAAAAUCGCAGCUAAAGCUGAUGUACAUAAAAAGCAUUUUUUUCGAAAUAUAGUGCCAAAAAUGAAAUACAUGCAGUGCAAGAAAGGAAAUACUAUACAGUAUAAUAUUAAUAUUCUUAUUUUUUUAUUUCCCAAAUUUUUUAAUUUUCUUAAUUUCUUAAUGUGACUUACGCACGCGUGACUGCAUAAUUUUUUCAUGUAUAUUAUCAAUAAGUAACAGUAUGGUUUCUCGUGCAAUUUUGAAAAACGUACACUCGUGGGUUUUUCAAAGACUUCAAAUUGCACUCGCCCUUCGGACUCGUGCAAUUUUAUAUAGUCUUUGAUGUGCAUGUUUUUUCCAAGUUGCACUCGAAACCAUACUAUUACCUAAACAAAUUGGAUUUCUUUAGGAUCCAUACUAUUCCCAUGCACAGUAGGAAUUUUGGAGAAAAAAAUCAAGUGUUUGUGACAGACUCAAGACCCAUUUUAGCUAUUUCAAAUUUUGUACAUCAUUUUUGCUUUUACCUUUUUUCUCAAUCAGGUAGCGAGAGAAAUUGGAAAGAGGGCGAGCAAGCCGAAGAAUCGACUACCUACACGUUGGCAAAGAUCUUGGUACGUGCCAAUGCGGUUGAUAAAGCUGCCAGAGAAUUCGACUUCAAUGCUCAAUACAAAAUCGAUUUGGGUAGAAAAACUGAAUUUAGAACUGUGAGUGUUCUCGAUAUCUACAGUUACCACCAAGACGAUAAGGGUAAUCCUGUUUCAGGCGAUACCGACGAAACUCAAGUGGACGUUGUUGCAGAAAAAUGUAACAUCACUCGAGCAUUAAAUCUGGCCAAAAAAUUAAAAUCACUAUUUCAACGACGUAAAGUGCUUAGAAGGCUCUUUUUACAUUGGUUUCGGUGCAAGGACCCUGAAGUUGCAGCUGAGAUGACCACAUUCAUUGAAAAUGAAGUUACAAGACUGGAAAUUCUACGUGUAGAGGAAACUUGGUUCUAUACAAGCUAUUGGAGAAGAUGGGGAAGACAGGAGAGAAUUACUUUUAGUAGUUAUAAUCAUUGGAUGUCAUUUGGUGAUUACUAUAGCGCUUCGGAAUUUAUUAGUCCGAAUAAAGCUGAAGCAGAGAGAUGGAUCAAGCAGUCGAAAGCAGACUUAAAUGUCGCCACCAAGCUGUUUGGCAAAUCCUACUCACAAGUCUGUUUCCUGAGCCAACAAUGUGUGGAGAAAGUCUUGAAAGGUGUGCUAUACGCCAAAUGUGGUAUGCCACGACGAGAAUUGCACACGCAUGAAAUUUACAGGCUUGUAUCUUCAGCAUCACGUCUCAAGGGGGCACCCAGUGAAUUAGACCGUGCAAGUAAAGUUGCAAAUUACUACCUACCAACCCGCUACCCAGAUAAUCAACCGUUUCCCAAAGUUCCCGCUGAAGAGUAUGACGAGAAAGAAGCCAGAGAAGCGUUGAACGUUGCCCAGACAGUUUUCACAGCCUUGGAGAAAUUUUCCCAUCACAAUGACGACUGA